GGAGGGCAAGCAAGCAUGAAGAUAUAUGUUUUUCUUUAAGGGUAUGGAUUGCUUAACCCUGACUCGAGUGUAACAAAGUUGUUUAAAGAGAAGAGAUUUUUCUAACUGCAACAUGAUUUACUGACAACUACAAAAUAUCGACAGGCUUCAUUGAUUUAAACCAUGGCAACGGCAACCCUGACAGGUUUCUCUGUAAUGAGCCUGCUGAGCCUUGGGUACCUAAGCUGGGAUCUGAUGGGUCCAAAUCAGGUGGAAAAUGAGCCUGAUCAAUUUUUUGAUGGCAGGUCUCCUGUCCAGCAGCCUCCUCAUAUAAUCUUUAUCAUGACAGAUGACCAGGGAUUCAACGACAUUGGCUACCACAGUUCUGAUAUUAGCACACCAGUGCUGGAUAAACUGGCUGCAGGUGGUGUGAGGCUGGAGAAUUACUACGUACAGCCCAUUUGUACACCAUCCAGAAGUCAGCUCAUCACUGGAAGGUAUCAAAUUCAUACUGGUCUUCAGCACUCCAUUAUACGUCCACGUCAGCCUAACUGCCUGCCCUUCGACCAGGUCACCCUCCCUCAGAGGCUUCAGCAGCUAGGCUACUCCACCCACAUGGUGGGCAAGUGGCACCUGGGCUUUUACAAGAAGGAGUGUUUGCCAACUCGUCGAGGAUUUGACACAUAUCUGGGCUCUCUGACAGGCAGCAUGAACUACUACACGUAUGAGUCCUGUGAUGGCCCCAAGAUUUGUGGCUUCGACCUCUAUGAGGGGGAGUCUGUCGCCUGGAGACACAGGGGCAAAUACUCAACACAUCUCUACACACAGAGAGUUCGCAAGAUCCUGGCAUCCCAUGAUCCUCUUUCCCAACCACUCUUCAUUUUCUUGUCCUUUCAAGCUGUUCACACACCUCUGCAGUGUCCUCAGGAGUACAUCUACCCAUUUAAUGAAGUGGAGAAUGAUGCACGAAGGAAGUAUGCUGCAAUGGUCUCAACAGUAGAUGAAGCUGUUCGCAACAUAACACUUGCUCUCCGCAAGUAUGGAUAUUAUAAAAACAGCGUCCUCAUCUUUUCCACUGAUAAUGGAGGCCAGCCUCUUUCAGGGGGCAGCAAUUGGCCACUUAGAGGACGUAAAGGCACUUACUGGGAAGGUGGUGUCCGUGGUUUAGGGUUUGUCCAUAGCCCUCUGUUGAGGAAGAAAAGGAGGGUUAGUAAAGCUCUGGUACACAUUACCGACUGGUAUCCCACACUGGUGGGAUUAGCAGGUGGCAAUGAAUCCCUGACUGAAGGGGUUGAUGGUUACAAUGUCUGGGAGGCCAUUAGUGAGGGAAAAGAGUCACCCAGAUAUGAGAUCCUCCACAACAUUGACCCUUUGUACAACCACAUGCGCACUGGCUCUUUGCAGAGAGGAUUUGGGAUUUGGAAUACCACAAUUCAGGCCUCCAUACGAUCAGGAGACUGGAAACUCUUGACAGGAGACCCUGGUUAUGGAGAUUGGAUCCCACCUCCUAUUCUUCCAGGCUACCCCAGGGAUUAUUGGUACCUGGAGCGUCACAUUAAACCCCGCAAAUCAGUGUGGCUCUUUAACAUCUCCGGAGACCCAUACGAACGUUUUGACCUGUCUGAACAGAGACCAGAUGUUGUAAAAGAGCUCUUAGCCAGACUAGUGUACUAUAACCGGACGGCGGUACCAGUAAGAUACCCAACAGAGGACCCACAGGCAGACCCCCAGCUGAACGGAGGAGCCUGGGGUCCCUGGAUGGGUGAUGAGGAGGAUAAGAACUUGGAUACUCUUUUUCAAAAACAAAACACUGAAUGGGGGAGGAAGCUUAAGAUAUUAAAAAACAGGUCAUUAUUUAAAAAUCUCAAUACAAGGAUGAUGUCCAACAUAAUAUAGAAGAAAAAUAACUAAGAUUAAACUGGCUGAAAUGAACUCUGUUCAAAUAAGAAACUGUGAAUUUUCCCUUAAUGAGGAACUAAUUCUUAAAGCAAAUAAUGUAACUUUACACUGCUGAUUUAUUUCAAUUUAUAUUUAGUUGAAAUGUAUUCCCAAGCACAACAUUAUGACAACAAGUUACACAUUUGGAAGGAAAUAUGUUCUCCAGUUGUAUUUUAACAAAAGGAGCAAGCAAUCUUUUCAAGGAGCAAUCUUUUCUAAAACAAACAAUGUUAGUUUUAGAAAAGAUUCGGGAGAGGGAGGGGGAAGUGGGUAGCACUGCUGCCUUGCAGCAAGAAGGUUCUGGGUUCGAUUCCUGGCCCGGGGUCUUUCUGCAUUGAGUUUGCAUGUUCUCCCUGAGCAUGCGUGGGUUCUACUCUGGGUACUCUG